AGAAAAUCCAGCUCAGUGCUCCUCUCCUACAGCUGCUGUGGUUGCAGAAGAGAGCAUGUGGAGAGGUCUUUGGUGCAGGUGGUGCGGGUGGUAGAGGUGGUGCAGGUGGUAGAGGUGGUGCAGGUGCUGGCUUCCUCUAGCUCGACAGCAGGUGUGCUUACCCCAGAAGGAAGAAGCAAAAGACUGUUUUCUCUUUCUCUGUCUACAGGUGCUCUCACCACCAAUGGCAUAAAUCCUGACACCAGUGCUGAGAUUGGACGUGCCAAGAACUGCCUCAGCCCCGAGGACAUAAUUGACAAAUACAAAGAGGCCAUUUCCUAUUACAGCAAGUAUAAGAAUGCCGGGGUGAUUGAGCUGGAAGCAUGUGUCAAGGCCGUGCGUGUCCUGGCUAUUCAGAAGCGUGGCAUGGAAGCUUCGGAGUUUCUGCAGAAUGCUGUGUACAUCAACCUCCGGCAGCUUUCUGAAGAAGAGAAAAUACAGCGCUACAGCAUCCUGUCUGAGCUCUACGAACUGAUUGGCUUCCACCGCAAGUCAGCAUUCUUCAAGCGCGUGGCUGCCAUGCAAUGCGUGGCCCCUAGCAUCUCAGAGCCUGGCUGGAGGGCCUGUUACAAGCUCCUUCUGGAGACACUGCCUGGUUACAGUCUGUCGCUAGACCCCAAGGACUUCAACAAAGGCACACACCGAGGCUGGGCUGCCGUCCAGAUGCGUCUGCUGCAUGAGCUGGUCUAUGCCUCCCGAAGGAUGGGAAACCCUGCUCUGUCUGUGCGGCACCUCUCUUUUCUUUUGCAGACCAUGCUGGACUUCCUGUCCGAUCAGGAAAAGAAAGAUGUGACUCAAAGCCUGGAGAACUAUACAGCCAAGUGUCCUGGGACGAUGGAGCCCAUCACCCUUCCAGAUGGCCUCACGCUGCCUCCUGUGCCCUUUACCAAGCUGCCCAUUGUCAGGUGUGUGAAGCUGCUGAGUCUCCCCACCAGCCUCCGGCCACAGAAGGUGAAAAGCUUGCUGGGGCAGACCAUGUCCACCAAGAGCCCCUUCAUCUACUCGCCAAUCAUUGCGCACAGCCGUGGAGAGGAACGCAACAAGAAGAUAGACUUCCAGUGGGUUCAAGGAGAUGUGUGUGAAGUUCAGCUGAUGGUGUACAACCCAAUGCCGUUUGAGCUCCGUGUGGAAAACAUGGGCCUCCUCACCAGUGGAGUGGAGUUUGAGUCUCUUCCUGCAGCACUUUCCCUUCCUGCAGAAUCCGGUUUGUACCCAGUCACACUGGUCGGGGUCCCACAGACUACAGGGAUGAUCACUGUGAAUGGUUAUCACACCACAGUCUUUGGGGUCUUCAGCGACUGCCUGCUAGACAACCUCCCAGGAGUGAAAACCAGUGGCUCCACGGUGGAAGUCAUUCCUGCUUUGCCAAGACUGCAGAUUAGCACAUCACUGCCAAGGUCUGCACAUUCAUUGCAGCCUUCUUCUGGUGAUGAAAUAACAACCAACGUGUCUGUCCAGCUUUACAAUGGAGAAACUCAGCAGCUGGUUAUUACCUUGGAGAACAUUGGACUAGAGCCCCUGGAGCAGCUGGAAGUCACCUCCAAGCUUCUCACCACCAAGGAAAAGUUGUCUGGGGACUUCUUGAGCUGGAAGCUAGAAGAAACACUGUCCCAGUUCCCUCUUCAACCUGGGAAGGUGGCAACUUUCACCGUCAACAUCAAGGCAAAGCUAGACUUCUCUUGCCAGGAGAACCUCCUCCAGGACCUGAGUGAUGAUGGAGUCAGUGUGAGCGGCUUUCCCCUGUCCAGUCCUUUCCGCCAGGUCGUCAGAACCCGAGUAGAAAGCCGACCCACAAACGCUUCUGAGGGCAGCAAGUCGGGGGACCUUGGCCACCUCAAGACUCUGGAAGCUGUCCUGAACUUCAAGUACUCUGGAGGCCCAGGCCACGUGGAAGGGUAUUACAGGAAUCUAUCUCUGGGACUGCAUGUGGAAGUUGAGCCAUCUGUGUUUUUUACUAGAGUCAGCACACUUCCUGCAACCAGCACCCGGCAGUGCCAUCUCCUCCUUGAUGUCUUCAACUCCACAGAGCACGAGCUGACAAUCUGUGCCAGGAACAACUCUGAGCUUGUCUUGCAUGCCAGCGAGUGCCAGCGGUAAGUGGCCUGCAGAGGCAGAGUAAUGCCAGGACCUAG